AUCGCGCACGCGUCUGUUCUUUCGCCCUUUCCAACAGCAGUUCACCGUGAAAUCGAAGGGUGUAUAGGGUGAGCUGGAGCGGCGAAGAAGGGUGGGGAGGGUAUUGUCGCACGGCUCCCGAUUCCUAGUGGCAGUAGAGUAGUGCGCUGAUAAGAGCAGCGGUAGCGAACAGUGACGCGUGCGCGUUACGCUGCGAUGCGCAUGCGCGUCGAGGUACACGGGUCGCUCCCGAUACGCGGAUAGUUGGAGUCGAGCGUUUACGAAAACGGGAUCCGACUGGGGGGGUUUUCGCUGCGUCGCGGGCCUCUCGCUUUCUGGCCUCGGUUUCCUCAGUGAAAAUGCCGCUGUGAUAGAGAGGCGCGCGUGCCGUGUGCUCUGUCCGGGCUUGUCGCGCCCCUGCAAAGAGCCAACAGUCAACUGUCCACGCGAAUUUUUACUGCACUACUGGUUCAACCGAUUCGCGGCUGUUAUCUUUCCGGCGCUCCUGUCACCUCCCUCCCUUGCUGUCUUCUCUGUCUUUCUCUUUCACAUUUUCUCUUCCUUUAUCCAUCUUGUGCCCUCUAUCCCUCGUGUUAUUCGCGCGGUUUUUCUAUCUCGCCACCGUAGAUCGGUCGCUUUGUGUCUAUCCCCUCUACCGCGAACGACAGCAUACAUCGCGAAUUUGACACUGGAACAUCGUGUCGCCCAGGAAGUGUCGCGCGUGUUUCGUAAUCGUCUGCUAACGGAGUUGCACCGGCGAUUCGAACAGAUAAAUCCUACCCAGUCCUCGUCGGUGCUAGACACUUCUCGAAGCGAGAGAGGUCACCAGGAAAAAGAAUGGACCGACUUCGACGGAGUUUUCGCGAUAGCUUUCGACGGCGGAAAGAUCCUCAUGUUCCAGAAUCAAGUAAACCUCACCAAUGGCAGGCAGAUGAAACGGCUGUCCGCUCGGCUACGUGCGCUUUCCAUGUCAAGUACCUGGGAUGUGUCGAGGUGUUUGAGUCAAGGGGCAUGCAAGUAUGCGAGGAAGCUCUAAAAGUACUUAGGAACUCGAGGCGGCGGCCGGUACGCGCAGUGCUACACGUAUCAGGGGACGGUUUGCGGGUCGUUGAAGACGAGACAAAAGGACUGAUCGUCGAUCAGACGAUAGAGAAGGUUUCCUUUUGUGCUCCGGAUCGGAAUCACGAAAAGGGGUUCAGUUACAUCUGUAGAGACGGCACGACCAGACGGUGGAUGUGCCACGGGUUUUUGGCGUUGAAAGAAUCGGGUGAACGAUUGAGUCACGCUGUGGGCUGCGCUUUUGCUGCGUGUCUGGAAAGAAAGCAACGAAGGGACAAGGAAUGCGGUGUCACGAUGACGUUCGAUUCAAAAACCUCUACCUUCACGAGGAGCGGCAGUUUCAGGCAGCCAUCUUUAACCGAACGAUUGCAGGAUUCACGCGAACGCGCCGUAGACGUGCCUCCGAUAAAGCAGGUCUACAAUCCUUUCGCGAUCGAGAGACCGCACGCAACCCCGUCUAUGCUGGAACGACAAGGUUCCUUCCGCGGUUUCACGCAACUGAACCAAGCAUCUCCGUUCAAAAGACAGCUUAGUUUACGGAUCAGUGAUCUUCCUAGCAACCUUGAACGCACACGUAGCCACAGUCUCGAACCGACGGAUCUGUCACGGAUGCCACCGACUAUGUCUCACAUCGUACCUUUGAAGCCACCAGAAUUCGAAGGAUGUGACGAAGUUAGUCCAAUACCUGAAAUAUCACCGGGAGGCCAAGACAGCGUUUCAGCGAUGUGUCAGCAGCUUUCACAAGGGCUUUCUCUUCUUUCGAGCAGCGACGACUUCGGACCAAUUCCUACGCAGAGCAGUACAGGCUCUGUUGCUAAACAGCUCUUCAACAGCACCACUAAUAAUAUUACAUCAGUGGCCAGCAGCAACUCCUUAGACGAAUUGAAACUGCAGAAUGGUCCGAGUCUGAACAACAAUAAUAACAACAAUAAUAACGACAAGAACGAUGAUCUCAGUAAUCUGAACCACGUUGGGCCCAGCUGGCAAGAAUCUCCAUCACCUGUCCUCGCUUCGAAUCACAGGCUUACACCUAUCCUGAAUAAAACUAGUAACCUCAGCCCUAUCCUUCCUAGAACGAACCCGCCUACACCAAUUGUUAUGAGCACUCCUGCACCCACCACUACUGUUGGCGUGUUUGGAACACCACCCUCGGUCAGUCCAGCCUUCAGCACAGCGUCUACGUCCUCCUUAGGGAACGCGUCCACGCCAGCCAUAAACAGGUCGCCGAUUCCAAUGACUUCCGUGGUGACUCCGAAAACAAACUCACCGACCACCAGCGUGACAUCCGUUUCUCCGGCUCUGUCUAGCAGCGGCGUUAGCGAUGCUACCAAUAUUACCCAAGUCCCAGUUGCCAAUACUAUUUCCACACCAGUGGUCCAACCAGUUCCAACGACAGCAGCGUUGCCCAAACCAGAGCAAUGGCUAGGUAGUAUAACCAGCUCGGUGCCAUCCUCAGUGCAAUCUCCUCCGCAGGGACAAACAAGUCCCCGACGAGCGCCACCCCUCCACGCGAGGGCCCUGUCGCUCGGCUCGGCCGCAAUGGGUCAGGCCACUAGAACCGGUCCAUCCGAUCCGUUCGACGCGGAAUGGGCGGAGAUCGCGGCGAGAAAUCUGCGACAGUCGAACACGACGAACCCCUUCAUAAUGCCCAAUGCGACGCAAGCGUUUCAAGUGCAAUUGUAGCGCCAGGAGUUCAUCAAUAGCAUUGCCAAGUACUUCCGUUCAAACACAUAGUGACGACUGCAUGUCCGUUCGCGCUUUGACCUCUCACAUGACCGGAAGUAUU